UCUGGGCGAAAUAAAGCGAGCUCGCCUCCAGAAAGGAGCUCGAGCUCCAGGCUUGUAGCCUCUUAACGGCGUCAUCCAGCACGCGCUGCCCGUCCUGCUGUUACUUUGGGUCCAUGAUGGUUGGAUGACUAUAAGUCACUAAGGUGGAAUUGACCGUGCGCUCGUUUCGUCGCUGCUGAGUUAAAAGUUUAAAAAAGGAGGGAAAGGCCGGGUGACAGGAUGGUUGAAGAUAGUAGAGUCUCUAACUUAAGUGUUGAGUUUUGGCUGAACAAGGCUCUUGAGUGGGAUCAGCUCACCACUCUCGAAUCACAGCAAGAUGUCUGCCUUCACUUGCCUGAAUUACAGGAAUUUCUCCUGCAGAUUUAUGGAGUUUUGAAACAUAUGAACUCAACAGCUGCAGUCCAAGAAUUUCCAUUAAUUGGUCAGUUAUUGGGAAGGCUUUGUUGGAAUCCUUUUGUCAUUGGUUAUGAUGAAUGCCAGAAGAUUCUGAUGUGCUGCUUAUGUUGUCUGUAUAGUGGUGAACCACAGAACCCUCUGGAAUUGAAGGCCAACAGCUGGAUACAAAGCUCAUUGUGCCAUCUGCUGUCAUUUUGUGGACUGGGAAAUCAUGAUACUGCUAUUAAUAACUUUAUUUCAACUCUUGGCUUCACAUCAGUAGAUUACUACUCUAAACUCAUUGAAAAUAUAGUUUCAUCGUUAGUGUCGGAAGUCAGCAGAACCCAGGUUAAUGGAUUUAACGGUCAGCAAAACAUCUCUCGUCGAGUAACAUCCAUGUCUAUUCUCUGUGUACCUCUUAUAACUUUGCCUGAUGUAAAGCCACUUCUUGAAGCUCUCCUUAACUAUCACGAUGAUGGCUCAGAAGAGGUUCUUCACACUCAGUUUUUAGAAGCAGUGAAUGAGGCCAUAUUACGGAAAAAUAUAUCGUUAUCUGAAUCUGCUAUCCUGCAAUUAUGGCUUCGUCACCUUCCUAGUCUGGAGAAAGCAAUACUACAAAAUGUUGAACAGUUAAUAUCCAGUCAAUCAAGGUCAAUGCAAGAGAUGGCACGUACGAUAAAAGAUUCCUUACUGGUGAGUAUGGUCUGCUGCAAGUACUGGAAACUCAAUGCCUGUGGGCUCUAGAGCACCUACCACCUC